UCUGCUGAUGGUGACCUUUGCGGCUCAAAAAGGCGCUUUUUUGAUCCACACAAAACAGAAAGAGACAACAUCCAAUUUCUGUCCAAGCUGGAUUUUUCCCAUUGCAAACUUUACAUUUGUUUGAUUCUGUUUGAUGUUCCUGAGUCUGCAACAGAGAACCUUGUGCCGGGCCACGAGCCAGACAGUUUUCCUGUGUUCAAUAAGCCAUUUUCGCCUUCCAAGCUCUCCCGAACUCUCUUGUUGGCUGCUGUGCGGCACCCUUCUGACGGUGAGCAUGACCGAUUUCAAUCGCGUGAAUGAUGUCAGCGACCCCGAGGUUGACCAAUCGUUUCAAACAAAACGGUCCACGUUGAAGAGGAUGGCUGUCGCAGGGGCAGCUGCUAUGGUGGUUUGUGUGGGCAUUCUUGCCUUGUCGACGAAUGGCUUCAGCCGCAACUGCAGCAACAUUGCAGCUUUGCAGGGGAAGUCCGCUUUGGAUCUUGAUUCAGCCAUCCGCUCUACCAGUGAAAAGCUGAUUCAGGCAGUGAAGAACAACCAAACCGUGGCUGAUGAGACUGUGAUGAAGGCCAUGGUGAAGGCAGGUCACAAGAUUCAGGACCACUGGGAGAAGCACCACAUCCGCAAGUUGGAUACUCUUACCACCAUCAGAAAGGUGAAAGGAUUCCGCCAAGGACAAAAGGUCAAACUUGCUGGACGUGCGGAAUGCGCCUUCAACGUUUUGGAGGCAUUUGUCUCAGCAGUGGGUAUGGGUGAUGACAUCAAUGCCAUCAUUCGCACUUGCCCUGCACCUCGUGACGGUGAGUCUGAGUUGGCUUGCCAGGUGAACGGUGCCAUCCUGGGUGCUUGGGUAGGAAACCUUGCUACAAAGCUGGCCUUGGCAACUUCCAAUUGUGCCCUGAGCAUCAACGUGGAUGCCAUUUGCUCUGCUGGCAUCACAGGCUUGGUGUCAGGCUUGGGAGAGAUUGCAGCUGGAGCUUCUUUGGGUGCGGCCACAUGUACCGCAACUCCGCCACAGUUGACCACCACCAAGAUCAGUGUCCUGGGAGAUCAGACUGUCCGAGAUGGCCGACGAUUGUUGAUCGGAGAAGGCACUGUCGGCAACGGUGUGCAGUGUGGUGUAGAUGUGGGCAUGGUGGCAGCCAACAUUGCAAACAUGGGUAUUGCCAUCAACAAGGCCGUGAAUGUGAACAAGUGCAAAGCAAGCACCUUCCGUUCACCAUUGAACGUGGUCAAGGGCCUCCAAGAGUCACUUUGCACCGUCGACAUUGGUGGUGCUGUGGCCUACAUCGGUCAGGUUGUUACCUUCAUCAAUCUCAUUGACUUUCUGGAUAUCAACGCACUUUGUGCUGGCUCCAUUGCUGCGAUCACCACGGGUGCAGCGGCCAUUGCGCCCUACGGCGCAGCAGUGCACGCGGGCUGCGCCCUCAACCACUUCUUGAAGACACCCAAGAGUCAAACACAGCUUUCUAAAUUGUGGAAUUCCCCAGGCUAUGAUCCUGUGUCAGGCCUGCCACACCCUCGACGCUUGACGGAAGAGGAAGAGAUGGCCGCUAAGCAACCCUUGAAGGAAAGCUUGGCUCAGAUCGCAGCGAACCGUGAGACUUUGGAGCAGCUGAAGAAGGUGGUUGAUGUUCCUAAACCGGGCAACACAGAGGCAGACAUUGAGACUCUCUUGAACCUCAUGGGCAGCGAGGACAAGCCGCGUGCUGCUUGGCCAUUUGAAUGCUAAGGUGUCUUGAGCGCCUUCUUGAUAGCUCCUGGAUUUGUCGCCUAUUCUCAGUAGGUGGGCAGAUCGUGUCAGAUGCUGAAAUGCAGCUGACACAGAUGGGUAUGGGUUGAAAUUGUGUAAUUAC